CCCAUCAACCGUCAUUCACUGUGUAAUCGAUUAACCUUGAAGGGAUCAUUUGCCCGUGGAUGUGUCAGUGCUCGCGUGGCAAAUGAUUAGAUCCUCUUGUCGUUAUCAAGUGAAUCAACCGGUGCUCGGCACACUAUUUAUUUCAAACUUAACGUCAGAGAGCUUUUCAAUCCUCUGGAACGGAACUGAUGGAGAUAUUGAUGGUUUUAUUCUGGAGAUAAUUGAUUCUGAUUGGCUGACGGAGCCAAAGGAGUAUAACGUAUCCCACACUGUAAAGUCCUUUGACGUCACAGGGCUCAGGCCCAGCACUGAUUACAUAGCCUACCUCUAUGGGACAUACAAGGGAUCCCGAACAAGUGCUGUCAGUAUCGUUGCAUCAACAGCCAAACAGCCUGAUUUGUCCAGGCUAGUUGUUUCUAACAUUACCUCAGACAGAUUUUCUCUGUCAUGGCGGACAGGAGAAAAGGCCUUUGAUAACUUUAUAGUAGAAGUCAGAGAGUCUGCUUCGCCGUCACAGGCGAUGGGGCGCACUCUGCCCGGAGACGUGCGCUCAACCGUCAUGGCCGGGCUCAAAGCGAACACACGCUACAACAUAAAGCUUUAUGCCAGUGUUGGCGGCCAGAACACGCAGCCCCUGUUUGAAGUAGCUACAACAGAGGACGUCCCCCUGUUGGGGCCCAUAGCUGCCUCGUCUGUGAGCCCACAUAACCUCAGCGUGUCCUGGAGCACUGUGUCAGGCCACUUUGAUGGCUUUGUUAUCCGGGUCAGUGACCCCGAGCAGCAGUUUGAUACGCUGGAGUUCAGACUGCCGGGCGAAGCACGUAACUUUACCAUCUCUAACCUGGUGGAUGCCACAGACUAUGAUAUUGAGCUAUAUGGUAUAUCUCACGGGCGCCAAACUCCCUCUGUGUUAGCCCACGCCGUCACAGCUCCUCUGCCCAAAGUGGAAAACUUGACCGUUUCCAACAUAACCCCGUACGGCUUCCGUGUGUCGUGGGAGGUGAGGCAGCCGCCGCAGCAGCAGCAGGAGGAGUUAGCCCCCUCUAGUGGUGGCUUCAGACACUUUCACAUAGUGGUGACAGACUCCGGCUGGCUGCUGGAGCCUCAGGAGUUCUCUGUGCCGGGAAACCAAAGUCACCUGGACAUCUGGGGCCUCAUCACAGGAAUAGGCUAUGAGGUCAGGCUGACCGGGGUGUCAGAGUCAGGGCUGCUCUCUCGGCCUCUCAAUACAGUGGCUGUGACAGCCUGCAGCUUCGUCGCUGGAAGGACAGGAUGUGGAGCUCCUGUCUGUUUCUUCCUACCUCCAAAACAUCAAAAUAUGAGCAAGCAGGCUGUUUGUUUUCAUAUUUUAAAAUGUGUUUUCCUUCAGAGUUAUGGCAACUGAUUUUCCUGGAUAUAACUGGUAACUUUUAGAGUAAUGUGUACCAUCUUUUCAUGCUGGUUUAUCAAUCCAGCUUCAACUGAAGUGAAAGGAUUCAGACAUUUGAUAAAGUUAGCAGAUGUUGGAAAACACUGAUAAAUCAACGAGACAUUCUGAGCAUGAAGUGUCCGUUGAUUGAACCUCUAACCUCAUUUGUUUCAUCCUCUUUGAAUGCACUGAAUGCCCCGAGGCUGACCUUGAAGACGCAUGGAGUCUGUCGUCCUGGAUCUUAGUCAUCUGGAUCAACAUUUAUUUUUAAAAAAAGCACCCCGUCUUUUUAAUUCACCCGAACUCACACUUUGUACCCCGCGUGGUUCUCACUAACCGACCCCUCGAGCAUGGCGGACUGGAGGUGGUCGACUAAAAGGCUUUUCACCUGGAAACCUUCCUGCCUGAUUGCUCACUUUCCCCAAACUGGCGUCUUUGCCCCACCUCUCAGAAGUUCAUGAUAAUUUGCCUCUCACACACAAAAACCUCCCAAACCUGCUACAACGUUGUGUUCUCCUUGUCUAAGCAGAGGCUGA